AUGAUGAAAAACUUAUUACCAGAUCAAUCUUCUGAUAAAAGUUUUUCAUCGAGUCAAUCAUCUUAUCCAGAAAAAAGUAAAUAUAGCAAAAGUAGUGAUUCUGAGCAUGAAAUAAGAAAAAAAAAAAAAAAAAAAAGUGAUGAAAAUACACAUAAACAUAGACAUAGGAAUAUACAUAGGGAACGACAUUAUAGCACCAGAAGAAGUAGAAGUGACAGAUCUUUAGAUUCGAAAUCAAGAAAAAGUUAUAAACAUUCACAUAAGAAGUUAAGUCAGAAAUAUGAAAAACGAAGACAUGGAAAAAACACAUCAAGUAGUGAUGAAAGUUCAUCCAGAAGCGAAACAAAUAGCAGCGAUGAUGAAAUACUGAGAAAAAAACACAAAAAAGAAAAAGAAAAGAAAGAAAAAAAAAAAGAUAAAAAUAAAAAAAAUAAAAAAAAUAAAAACAAAGACAACGAUCAAAAAACUAUUACAGUAAAAGAUCUCAAAAAAGAAAGAGAAAAUUUAAUGAAACGUCAUUUUAAUUAUACUGAUGAAUGUAACCCAUUUGGAGAUGAUACUUUAUCUACUCCAUUUGUUUGGAAAUUAAAAAACAAGUACGAAAAAAUAAAACAUGGUAACAAAAUAAAAGUAACAACUAAUAGUUUACUUCAAAAUUCUUUAUCAAAAAUUAGCGAAAUAGAGCAAGUAAAAAAAAGACGAGAAGAAAGAGAUAAAGAAAGAGCUAUGUUCGAGGAUUAUAAACUUCAAUUAGAAAAACAAAGAAAUCAGAUUAAUAUUAAAGAAUAUAUUGAACAAGAAGAAUUAUUUUUUAUAAAUCAACAAAUACAAUCAUCGAAUGAUAGGAUAUCUCAUAAUCAUAUACAAAUAGUGGACAUAUUUAGAAUAGCAACUAAACUUGAAAGUGGCGAAUCUGUUAGAAAUAUACAUUUGGAAAAUUAUCUAACUCCAUUUUAUUACAUGUUAGAAGAUUUAAACGAACAUGAUCUAGAAAAUUGCACUAAACAAAUAAAACUACUUAUAUCACAUGACAGGAUCUUUAAUGAAAAGAAGUAUCAUAAAUACUGGAAUUCUCUUUAUUUUUUUUGUGAAUAUUAUUUAAGUAAAUUAAACGGUGAUGAAGAAUAUUCUAAAACUAAAGAAAUAGAUGAAAAAACAAAUAAAAAAAUUGAAGAAUUUUUUAAAAAUAAAGAUUAUGAUGAAUUAAUAACAUAUGAAAAUAAAAUAAAAAAUAAAAUAAUUACAAAUGAUACUGAAAAUUUUGACUCAUUUUUUUGGAAUAAUAUUUUGUUAAAGAUUCCUUUUUUUAAAGCCAAAUAUAUCCUUGAUGAUUUUAGGAGCAAAUUACUCAAAAAAAUUAACAUUACCAAUGAACAUUUUGAAAAAAAAAAGACAAGCCAAAAUAUGAGAACAAACCAAGAAAAAAAAGAAAUUGAUGAUAGUGAAAAAAUAAUUUUUGAAUGCAAAAAUAUAGAAUUGUUACCUCUUGAAAUGUUUGAAGAUGAUAAAGAUGUUCAUGUAUAUUUACCACACGAAGAAUUAGAAGAAAGAAAAGAAAUUAAUGAAAAUAUUUUCCUAAAAUUGCAAAAAAAUAUUAUAGAUACUAAUAUAGAAGAAGAAAGUGAAGAUAACUAUAUUAAAUAUGGAAAUAUAAUAAAAAGUGAUAUUUUAAAAAAAGAUAACAAAAUUGAUGAUAAUCAUUUUAAUAUGAUAAAUAAAUUGUUUACUAAAGAAAAACAAGUUUAUGAUAAUUUUGUUCAAAAAGAAAGACAAAAAGGAAAUAAAGACGGAAUAAUAUUAAAAGAUGUAACUUACAAAAGCAGUAAUAAUAUUAAUAAUACAAUAACAACUUUGAUAAAAAAUAAUUUAAUGAUAUCACGAAAACCAUUAUAUUUUAAUAGAAUAAAAACAUCUUUUGAUUGGAAUAAAUAUAAUAAAACUCACUAUGAUUAUGAAAAUACACCACCAAAAUAUAUUUGUGGAUAUAAAUUUAAUAUAUUUUAUACAAAUUUAUUAAAUUCAAAACAAAAACCCUCAUGGAAAAUAUAUCCAUGUGACGAAGAGGGAACAGUUUUAAUUGUUUUUCAUGGAGGCCCUCCAUAUAUAGAUAUUGCAUUUAAAAUUAUUAAUUCAGAAUGGUGUUAUGAUAAGCAUAGAGGGUUUCGAAAUGUUUUUAGCAGAGGAAUUCUACAAUUAUAUUUUAAUUUUAAGAAGAAGCGUUAUAGACGAUAA